AUGGCAUACCUCUCUGAUGAUGAUAAUGAUGAUGAUGAUGAUGAUGAUGAUGAUGAUGAUGAUGACGAUGAUGAUGAUGAUGAAGAUGAUGAUGAUGAUGAUGAUGAUGAUGAUGAUGAUGAUGAUGAUGAUGAUGAUGAUGAUGAUGAUGAUGAUGAUGAUGAUGAUGAUGAUGAUGAUGAUGAUGAUGAUGAUGAUGAUGAUGAUGAUGAUGAUGAUGAUGAUGAUGAUGAUGAUGAUGAUGAUGAUGAUGAUGAUGAUGAUGAUGAUGAUGAUGAUGAUGAUGAUGAUGAUGAUGAUGAUGAUGAUGAUGAUGAUGAUGAUGAUGAUGAUGAUGAUGAUGAUGAUGAUGAUGAUGAUGAUGAUGAUGAUGAUGAUGAUGAUGAUGAUGAUGAUGAUGAUGAUGAUGAUGAUGAUGAUGAUGAUGAUGAUGAUGAUGAUGAUGAUGAUGAUGAUGAUGAUGAUGAUGAUGAUGAUGAUGAUGAUGAUGAUGAUGAUGAUGAUGAUGAUGAUGAUGAUGAUGAUGAUGAUGAUGAUGAUGAUGAUGAUGAUGAUGAUGAUGAUGAUGAUGAUGAUGAUGAUGAUGAUGAUGAUGAUGAUGAGGAUGAUGAUGAUGAUGAUGAUGAUGUUGAUGAUGAUGAUGAUGAUGAUGAUGAUGGUGGUGAUGAUGAUGAUGAUGAUGAUGAUGAUGAUGAUGAGACUGAGAACUGAGAACUGAGAACUGGUGGGAAGCAGCGAGUAGAGGUUGCUCUGUGUAGCUGCAUCAUUCGUCGUUUUCGGACAUGAACUUUUUAUUUAUCGUUUCGCUCUUUGUACUUUGCCUCUGCAAAUUGUUGGUCUAGUAGCAUCUUGAAUUUAGCCACUGUGUUCGCUUCUACUAUAUGCUGAGGCAGGUCGUUCCAGACAUUCACCACUCUGCGUUCGAAACAGAGUUGAUGGGCGACCCGCUUCAAAUCCGGGACGAUAAGUUUAUACCGGUGUCCUCGCGUGCAGCUUGGUGUGCGCAGAUGAAGUAGUUGUCUCAACAUGGGGUAAUCACCCAGAUGUAAUAUUCGGUGCGUCAUGAUGAGGUCAACCCUCAGCCGACGAUAAGAUAGGGUGUAUAACCCUAGUUUCUUACAUCGGUCUUCGUAUGGCAUACCUCGUAAGUUGGGAAUCAGCCUAGUGGCUACAUGCUGCACCCGCUCAAGCUUUUCUACUUCGCCCCGGGUGAUGGGACAGUAUGCGGGAGUGCCGUACUCUAGCAUUGGUCGUAUUAUCGAGACGAAGAGGCGAGUGGCAAUCUCUUCGGACCAAGUGCUAAAGCUGCGCCUGAGAGCCCAAAGCAUACGAAGGCUGUUUUGGUACAGCCUAUUCGUGUUGUCAAUGGACUUUAGGUCACAGCGUGAGAGUACACCGAGGUCGCGCACGAAAGGAGCGGGAUGCAACGGUUGUCCAGCCACUGUGUACGUUCGGCCGUGAUCAUACUUACCCAACCUCAUGAAUUGCGACUUGGCAGGGUUGAUCGGAAGGUUAACCUCUGCAGACCAUGUUGAGAGGCGGUCGAGAUCCUGCUGAAGUAAAUCGCAAUCAUUGAGUGUGCGGAUUACUCUCCACACUUUCAAGUCAUCUGCGAACAAAGCACAAUGUGAUUGUAGUAGCUGAGGCACAUCGUUUAUAUGGAUUAGAAACAAUAUCGGGCCCAGUACAGUGCCUUGGGGCACGCCGCUGCUCGAUGGAUACCAGUCAGUUAGAUGGUUGUCCACCUGGACUCUCCACUUCCGAUCAAUAAGGAAAUUGCUGAUCCAUUUGUGCAGCGAACCACCAACACCGCACAUCCUCAGUCUGUCAAGGAGCACUGCAUGGUUAACCUUGUCAAAAGCCUUACUGAAGUCAAUGUAAAUGACGUCAACCGAUUGGCCUUUGUUCAGUGCUUGUAACCAUUCGUGCCUCGUCAACAGUAGGUUGGUGAUGCACGAACGACCUUUCAGGAAACCAUGCUGUGCGGAGGUUAACAGGUUUUUCGACUCGAGUAGCUGCAGAAGGCUCUUUUUCACAAUCUUCUCGAGCGUCUUUGCCAAAACUGCCGUCAGGCAGAUCGGCCGGUAGUUAUCCACUUUGCUUGGGUUACCACCUUUCGGGAUAGGCUUUACGACUGAGCAUUUCCAGUCGUCCGGUAGUAGACCAGUGGAUAGUGACCUGUUAAACAGUUCAGUUACAGAGGGUGCAAUUAUGGUCGAUAAUGACUUGAGGAUUAGUGGGUGUAUACCAUCUGGCCCAGCAGGUUUCGUCCCGUCAAGAUUUGCUAGAAUCUUGCGUACAUCCACAAUAUUGCAGUCCAGGCUGUUAAGUUCGGCUGGAGCGGUGCUCGUCGAACU